AAAAAUAAAAAUAAAAUAUCCAAAAGAGCGGAAGAAAAGAAAAAAGCCAAAGGAGAGAAAAAUUGGCUGACCGUACACUUAGAGACAGAGAGAUAGAGAGAGAGGGGUUGGAGAGAGAAAGCGUAAACUCCAUUACUGUUUGAAGCAUCUCCAGAAUCAAAUCUCUUCCUCCCUUAGUUUAGUGUAUUGUCUUCACUCGAUCCUUCCUUUGCCGAUCCUUCUAGAACAUUCCUCUAACAGUUUCUGUACAACUUCCUUGUUAGUUUCCUGUAGAGUGUACAGAAUCCUCUUCCACCCCAAAAUAGAUACGCCGUUUUGAUGGAGCUGUACGGCCGGAACCAAGCAAGGAAUGGGUUGCAAUCGGGUCAACAACCCGAAUGGAGCCCCGUGGGAGGCGAAACCGGGCUAGAAGAAUCGAUGUGGCGAUUGAGCUUAGCUAGCAGUGAAUCUUAUCCGGAGCGGCCUGGCUUGCCCGACUGUGUGUAUUAUAUGCGAACAGGAUUUUGUGGAUAUGGUGGCAAGUGCCGCUAUAAUCACCCUCGUAAUCGUGCUGCGUUCAUGAGGCUGAGCAGAAUGUUUGGAAGUUCAUGGUUUGGAUUGUUUUGGUUUUCGGGAACUACAACUUUGCCCACACUAGGACAUUUAGUUCGUGAAGUUGAGGCAGCUGUAAGAGCUACUGGGGAGUACCCUGAACGUGUGGGGGAACCCCCUUGUCAGUUUUAUUUGAAGACUGGAACCUGUAAAUUUGGAGCAUCUUGCAAGUUCCAUCAUCCGAGGCAUGGAGGUGGAUCCUUGAGCCAUGUUCCACUAAAUACACAUGGAUACCCAUUACGGCCGGGUGAGAAAGAAUGCUCCUACUAUUUGAAAACGGGGCAGUGCAAAUUUGGCGUAACUUGUAAAUUCCAUCAUCCUCAACCAGCUGGCACAUCGAUGCCAGAAUCUGCACCCCAGUUUUAUCAGCCGGUGCAGUCACCUUCUAUCACUAUACCUGACCAAUAUGGGGGAGCAUCCACUGGCUUGAGGGUGAGGCCUCAACUGUUAGCCGGUUCAUAUGUGCAAGGAGCUUAUGGUCCUGUGCUUUUUUCCCCUGGAGUGGUCCCUAUUCCUGGUUGGAGUCCUUACUCGGCACCUGUAAGUCCUGUUCUAUCUCCUGGGGCACAGCCUGCAGUUGGGACAACUUCUCUGUAUGGUGUAACACAAUUAUCUUCUUCAGCACCUGCACUUGCUGGACCUUACCCCUCGCCCUCUUCUGCUGUUGGCCUUUCAAGUGGUUCAAAGGAACAAUCUUUUCCUGAGAGACCUGGCGAACCUGAGUGCCAGUACUACUUGAGGACUGGAGACUGUAAAUUUGGAUCAUCUUGUAGAUUUCAUCACCCCCGAGAUCGGGUUGCACCAAGAACAAAUUGUGUUCUCAGCCCACUUGGACUUCCUUUACGUCCAGGAGUGCAACCUUGUACCUUCUAUUUGCGAAAUGGGAACUGCAAAUUUGGGGCCACAUGCAAAUUUGAUCAUCCAAUGGGAGCAAUGAGAUAUAGUCCAUCAACAUCAUCUCUUAUUGAUAUGCCUGUUACUCCAUAUCCUGUUGGGUCUUUGCUUGCUACUUUGGGCCCUUCAUCUUCUUCUUCUGAUUUGCGACCUGAACUGAUUGGAGUGACAAAAAAAGAUCCUUAUUUGAGCAGAAUUCCUUCUUCUGGAAACACAUCAAGCAGUUCAGUUGGGUUGAUUUUCUCCCAGACUGGGUCUGUACCGCUUUCUGAGCUGCAACAUUCAAGUCAGAGUUCUGUUUCUUUACCCAGUGGCAGAAGUACAAGACGAGGUGGUGACAUUCAUCGUUCAAGUUGAUGUAAAACUCUGAAAUCAUCAUUCACUCUCCAGUGCAUAUGAUUCAUGAGUCUCCAUAUGGUUUUCUGUUUACAGAGCUCAGUAAAUUAUAGGUUGUCCAGAAGUUUCAUUACUCCAUGUAAAGGUCUAUCAUCCAAUCUGGUUUAAGCUCAAUAUUAGGAUAGAUCAAAUCAUUUCAUCUAUCUAUAGUCAUUGAUAUUAUCUCAAAUAAGCUUCAGUAGCAAUCACUGUAUGAACAUCUCUGCAAGGCUUCAAAAUAAUUUCAUUGUAUCAGGCCUGCCUACACCCUUUUCUUGAACUGGGCCUUCUAUAUACUUUGAUUCUGAUCAUUUUUGUAAUGGAAAGAAUUAGUCGACACCCUCACUUUUUUUUCAGGCCCCCACCAUCUCUCUUUCUCCCUGAAAACUUGGGAGAAACUUCCAGUUUUGUAAUUUCCCAGCAUACUAUUUGAUUUCAGAGGUUUUGGAGGGUUUUCAGUUUGCCCCCUUCUUGAGGAUUUCACAGAGAUGGUUUUGAAGACUGCAAGUAGGUAUGUGAUUGAAGCAAUAUUUUGAUACCAAGUUGUUGUCAACUGUGAAUCUCUUCAUGUUUAGUGGAAGGACAGAGAUGUGUUUUGAAUGUAAAAUAUCUUUAAUUUUCUGCAGUAUUUCACUUUAUCUGAGACAUUGUUGAAACUCGAGAAUUGCCUUCUUUAUUAUGUCAAGAUUGCUAUGGAGUUUAAAGUUAUGUACUCA